AUGUCUCUUAAACGCAAAGCCUCUUUUUCUACAACACAACCGAGCUCGUUCAAACCCUCGCCCUGUGACUGGGAUACGACCGAUAACUCGAAACAUAUGAACAGCCGCACUCGAAAGCGUUUCCGGGAUGGUCGCCCUAGCGAUGAAAUUGUCUAUGAAAAAACCCUCCGCUGGAUCUUCGCAGCGCAGAAGCAGCAGCAGAGUAGUACUCCGAUGGAUACAUCCGACGAAAUGAUGGAGGCAGAACAAGUCAGUCCAACGCCCGAGGCAAUCGAUCCUCGACAGCAAACCCUGCUCCAAUUCUUCCAGCCCCGAACACAACCAAUGCUACCCUUUAAACCUUCCCGUGAGGCGCUGGCGCCCCGAGCAAACGAGACUGCGAUUGACCAAGCUGAUGCUAUGCGCCGACAAACAUUCGAGCAAAGAAACUUGGGAGUCCCUAAUGGCAGCGGAACUGCAAGUAAUGGAUUUAACCAGUUGGGUACCGAAACGGAUAUGGAUAUGGACGUGGAUACAGACCAAAGCAGCGAAGGCUCUAACUUUGGCUCAAAGAUGGAUUUCAGUUCGCAGAUUAAUCAGGGCCAGAAAAACCCCAAUACCAUCGCAAUUGAUUGCUUCCUUGUCCGCCCCUCCGCACCACCAAGGCACCCCGCGAUGGCCACUGACGCUGAAAAAGGCGCCCAGUAUCUGGAAAGUCUGCUUGGUCAGGUCCUCCGUAUACACACGACUGACAGCCGGAUUUUUGUGGGCCUCUUUAAGUGCACAGAUGCUGAGCGAAAUAUCAUUCUCUCCAACACACUGGAGUAUAGGCCUCCAACCCCCUCCGCUGUGCAGGAAGCUGCUCUCAAGGAAGCACAAGCAAGAGAGAAGGCUGAGACUAAGGCUACAACUGUCAAGGUCAAUAUGACCAAUCGUUUCAUCGGUCUCGUGGUCGUUCCGGGGCGUCACAUCACGAGGAUUGAACUGGAGGAGAGGGCUCGAGGCCUUUGA